AAGCCGGAACACUUGCUCGAUGGAGGCUCCCUGAGCAAGGAAGUCGUCGACUAUCUUCAGUAGCCACUCAAAAAGGGCCCAAAUCGCGUCAUCGGUGCGGACAUUGAAGGCAUCCUUGCUCGACUUGAGCCCCAUUGAUUGGAGUCACAAGAUACCUGUGUUUUUUCUGUGCUUUUCUAUCCGUCUGGGAGCAGGAACAUGGUCAACUUUGCGCUCUCGAGAUCCAAUGGGACCUGAAAAUAGCCAAUCGACAUUCGCCCAUCCCUAAAGUCUACUGACUUUCUAUUGGCUCGACCAAGACCACGAAGCUUCCAGGAUGCCAAGGUACGCACAGACCUGUAUGGAUAGAAAAUGGUUCUCCAGGAUUGGAGUCAUCGGAUUCCGGUUUCGAAGUCUACGAUCGUAGACCAAAGUAGACAAACCAUGUUGCGAGCGCGCGUCUAUGACUUGCAUGGUAAUUUCAAACAGUCUUGUCUUGAUCAUUAAAGAGUCAGGAACCAUGCUCGCUUGCGGGACUCUUUUCAUUGCAUUCUCACUGGUCGCCAGUUCUACAUCCUUGCAAGAUGGAGUGAAUGCCACUGCCAAAUCCAGAAAGGGUCGAGCCCUCUCUUUGUUUGAAGUCGUGAGGUUCAAGAACGAUGUUUGCAUGCCUGCUGGUGCCACUCGCAUGGGAACAUGUUACACCAGCGACGAAUGUACCCGACGAAAGGGCUCCCCAUCUGGAACAUGUGCCAAUGGAUUUGGCGUCUGUUGCAUAAUCAGCUUGGCUUGCGGUCAAACAUCCUCAGAUAAUAAUACUUAUAUAACUGGAACGGGCUCGACUAGUCCCACCAUGGUGACUGUAUGUUCUUAUGGAAUAUGUAAAGCAUCGCCGGAUAUUUGUCGAAUUCGAUUGGACUUUUUGAAACACACCCUUACCGGUCCUACGGUCGGAACCACAGACAGCCAAGAGGAGGAUAACGGUCUUGCUGUUGGCGAUUGUAUUACUGACUCGUUCACCGUUAAAAACCCGCGGGCUAAAUCGCCACCCGUUGUCUGCGGUUUCAAUGAUGGCCAACACAUGAUCUAUGAGAUGUCGUCACCUUGUUCCUCGUUGGACUUCGUUUUGGGUGGAGGGGCCAUGGCUCGACAAUGGGACAUUAAAGUGACCCAAUACAAAUGUCACAACGAUGAUAUUGCCGGCCCCUCUGGAUGCCUUCAAUAUUUUACCCAACCAACCGGCCGAAUUUCCAAUUUCAAUUUCCCAACCACAUCCACCGUGGUUGGAUCCACCGUAACCCACUUGUCGCGACAAGCUUAUACCGUUUGCAUCCGUCGAAUGGCUGGAAUGUGUUCCAUUUGUUAUUCCCCCUCUCUUAACCCAGUCCUAGGAUCUGCGACCGAUCAGACUUCUUUUGGUCUCAGCAAGGGAACAAUGGCUCUUCAAGAUACGGCUUGUGUUGAUGAUUUUGUACAAAUCCCCUUUGGAGAGUUGGACGCGGCCACGCCCAUGGGUCAAGGUAUCCAAAUGUUCUGUGGUCGAGGUUUUAAUGUGGUUCCUGCAACCAUUUCGGCUACCGUUUGUUCGAGCUAUCUGCCAUUCCAACUCAACUAUGCAGUCAGUCAAAACGAGGUGGAUAAAGGUGCUAACAACGAACAAAAGGGUUUCCCCGGUGGAAUCGUCGGAUUCAGUCUGGAUUACUUUCAAGUGCCGUGCUAAAGCUCAAUUGUUCAUUUAGAAAUCCAUCGUCUUGCAUCAAGAAAUGGUUAUCGAGUAUAUUUGGUCUUCUCAAAUACUAUCAUUUUGAAUCAAACGCAAUUUGUGUGUAAUCUGAAAUAUCGACAAACCUUUGAAAUAAAAAUUUGUUUCACCCUA